AUGGUCCAAUCACCAUUUCAGACCGUAUGCUGUGUUCAGCCGUCGAAUGGACAGCAGCCAUUCUUGCUCUCUGCCUCUGGCCCUGUCAUCUACUCAUUAGAUAUCAAGACUGGCUCAUUGCUGAGUCAAUGGCCCCAACAGGGUGAAAAGACCGAUCAGGAAGAAGCACCCGCUACCACGAUAGACGGCGACGAAAACCGGCCGCCGAAGAGACGACGCCUCGAUGAGGGAGAGCAAGCCGAGGUUCCGCGUGAGGACUCGGAGAAUUCCAUCGAAAUCAUUUCGAAGCGAGAGAAGGGAGAAAGCCGGAAACUCAAGGUCGAGAACUCGAAAUCAUCAAACGUGACCCAUAUCAUUACCACCAGUAGCGGUGCGACAGUGAUAACUGUCACCGCUGAGGACAAGUCGAUCAAUGUAUUCGGUGUCGGACCGGAGGGAGUCCUGGAUCUCCAGAGCCAGAGAUCGAUGCCAAAACGUGUCUGUGCCAUUGUCCUGACACCAGAUGAGAAGAAUAUUCUGGUCGGAGAUAAGUUUGGAGAUGUCUAUCUGCUUCCUCUACAUCCAAGCAACGAUUGGACACCUCCAAAGGUGGAUCAGGAUGAACAAGAGCGACCCUUCACCCCUUCGGCCUCGGAAUUGACAGUUCACAGCAAGCGCAAUCUGGAGGCGUUGAAAAAUCAGAGAGAAAUGAAAAUCAUGAGACCAAAGAAGGAAGGACCAACUUUCGAACUCAAAUUGAUACUUGGACAUGUCUCUUUGUUGACCGAUGUUGCCAUCACUGAAGUCCUGGAUGGUCUCAAACGGAAGCAGUACAUCCUCACUGCCGAUAGAGAUGAACACAUCCGGGUAUCCCGAGGCAUCACGCAAGCACAUAUUAUCGAAGGCUAUUGUUUGGGACACCGCGAAUUUGUCAGUAAAUUGUGCAUUCCACCUUGGGAACCCGAGUUUCUCGUUACAGGAAGUGGUGAACCUUCUCUGAAAGUGUACCACUGGCGCACGGGUCGACUGCUCGAUGAAGAGCUUUUCCAAGGGGCUGUCCGACAAGAUCUUGAAAGAAACUUGGAUGUGACCUCCGGUGAGCGGUCGAUGGCGCAUCUCGCUGUGUCCAAUAUUUGGCCAGUCCAUUACUCGGUGGGCGGACAUUCGCCGUAUUCGCGCCAUCCGCCACACCUGCUUCUUGUAGCGUUGGAAGGUUAUAAUUUGACACACCAGGGGAAGCUUCAACACCAUCAGACCAUUGAGUUAGGUGGGAAUGCUUUGGACGUCGCCGUAGGUCCAGCACUAUGGGAGAUGGUGGUCAGCAUCGAUACGGUGCAUAAGCCUGGUUCUGUCAAGGAAGUCAAACAGGACGCUGUACCGAACUCGGAUUUCUUCGAGACUUUCAGUUUGUUCUCGAACCUGACUGAGAAUACCAAUGGCACAGCCCCCAAGGAUGACGAUCCGGCACCUGAGUUACGAUGGGAACGGUCGAGCCUCGCUGUGCUUCUGAACAACGCUGUACCAGACUCUGAAGCAUCCGACCUGCCACUGGAAGAUGAUUCAAAGGGCAAGAGCACAUACGGUACACUGGGAGAACAGCUAUAUGGCUUGGAGAACCUGCGAAAAAAGAAGGGCGAUCAAGCUGUUGAUGCCGAAGAGGAAGAUGCGGGAGAAAGUACCCCUGCAGCUGUGUAG